AGAGUUUUUCAUCAAAUUGAUAGCAUCGAAUUCUUUGAUUCAAAUAGCAAGGACAUCAGCUUCGGGAUUUUCAAUUCAAGUUCGGCUUCACUAACGCGCGCCUCUAACCUUCAAACCGGCAGAUUCUGGUUAUUUGUUUAUAUGUUUAAUAUUUUGAAGAAAACAUGACAACUGCUGCUAGACCAACAUGGCAACCUGCCAAAGGUGGGAAUGAACAAGGCGGUACUCGCAUUUUCGGGCCAUCUCAGAAGUAUUCGUCGAGAGACCUUGCAGCUCAUACUACUCUAAAGCCUAGAAAGGAUGGGCAAGACACCCGGGAUGAGUUGCAGAAGAGAAAUCUCCAUGAUGAGCUUGAAGAGCGUGAACGGAGACAUUUCUCAUCAAAAGAUAAGUCCUAUAAUGAUGAUAGAGAUCAUAGGAAGGGGAACCAUCUUCUUUUGGAAGGGGGGAAAAGGGAGACUGAAGAUCGAAUUGUUCCACGCAGUGUUGACGCUGAUGAUUCUGAUGUGGAUUUCAACAAUGAUGAUGAAAGUGAUGACGACGAUGAUGAUGAUGAGGAUGACGGAGAAGCUCUAAUGGCUGAGCUUGAACGAAUAAGGAAAGAGAAGGCUGAGGAGAAACUUCGUCAGGAAAAGCUAGAGCAAGAAGACCGGCUAAAAGCCAAAGAGGCUGAGCUUCUUCGGGGAAAUCCACUACUGAAUAACCAAACAUCUUUCGGUGUAAAAAGAAGGUGGGACGAUGAUGUGGUCUUCAAGAACCAGGCCCGUGGUGAAACCAAGCCUCAAAAGCGCUUCAUUAAUGAUACCAUAAGGAAUGACUUCCACAGGAAAUUCCUGCUGAAAUACAUGAAGUAAUGCACUUGAACGCUCAAGUAAUUCGUGGAUCAAGUCAAACUUACCGUUCUUAAGUAGUGUGCACUUUUAGUGGAUUUGAUGAUGAUUUAUCUUUCCUAGAUUCUGUGAUUAUGUGUGUUAAACCUGUGUCUCCUAAUGCUUAUGGAAAUGAAAUAUGAUUUCUUGAA